AUGGCGGUUUCGCUAAGAUGCUUCUGUGCAUGGACAUUGCUGGUUCUGGUUAUGUUUGUUAGUGUAAAUGCUGCGGAAAAGAAAGACGAGCUAAAAUUGAGGUUGAAGGAAACUGAAGAGUUGCUGAGCUCAAGGAACUCAUCAAUGGCGGAUUGGUCUGAUGAUGCCUGGAACGAGCAUACUGUAGAGGAUCCAGAGGAGGUUGCUGCAAUGGUGGACGAGAGCAUACGCAACAGCACAGAAAGGAGGAAAUUGGGAUUUUUCUCAUGCGUAACUGGCAAUCCUAUUGAUGAUUGUUGGCGUUGUGAUCCCCACUGGCAACGCCACAGAAAGCGCCUUGCUAACUGUGGCAUUGGUUUUGGACGCAAUGCGGUCGGUGGCCGUGAUGGAAAAUACUAUGUUGUUAAUAACCCCGGUGAUGAUGAUCCUGUUACGCCGAAACCAGGCACACUACGCCAUGCUGUCAUUCAAGACCAGCCUUUGUGGAUUGUGUUCAAGAGGGACAUGGUGAUUACCCUCAAGCAAGAGCUUAUCAUGAACAGCUUCAAGACUAUCGAUGCUCGUGGAACCAAUGUCCACAUUGCCAACGGGGCUUGCAUCACCAUCCAGUUUGUCACAAAUGUCAUAAUUCAUGGUCUCCAUAUCCAUGAUUGUAAGCCUACUGGCAAUGCCAUGGUUCGCAGCUCGCCUAGCCAUUAUGGGUGGAGAACAAUUGCUGACGGAGACGGAAUUUCCAUUUUUGGAGCAAGCCACAUUUGGAUUGAUCACAAUUCUCUUUCAAAUUGCGCAGAUGGCCUUAUUGAUGCAAUAAUGGGGUCAACCGCCAUUACCAUUUCAAACAACUAUUUCACUCACCAUAACGAGGUUAUGCUAUUGGGCCAUAGUGACUCCUACACGAGAGACAAGCAGAUGCAAGUGACUAUUGCUUAUAACCAUUUUGGUGAGGGUCUUGUCCAGAGAAUGCCAAGGUGCAGGCAUGGAUAUUUCCAUGUGGUGAACAAUGACUACACACACUGGGAAAUGUAUGCCAUUGGAGGAAGUGCUGAACCCACCAUUAACAGCCAGGGCAACAGAUAUCUUGCCCCUGCCAACGCUUUUGCCAAAGAGGUGACAAAAAGGGUGGAAACUGAUACCAGAGAAUGGAGGCAAUGGAAUUGGAGAUCGGAGGGAGACCUCCUACUAAAUGGAGCCUACUUCACUCCAUCCGGAGCUGGAGCUGGAGCCAGCUAUGCCAGGGCCUCAAGCUUAGGGGCCAAAUCCUCAUCGAUGGUCGGGGUCAUCACUUCGGAUUCUGGUGCACUUGUCUGCCGCAGAGGCCGCCAAUGUUAA